AUGGAAAGGCCAGAGGGGUAUCCAGUAGUAGAUGCUACAGAAAUCGAUCAGCCAUCAAACUCCGGCGCAUCAUUUCUCGGCAUCAAGAAUGAUAUGACACAACUAGAAAGCGGCCUACUUCGAAGAAACUACAGCGACGUGGGUGAAAGAAACUACUACAGAUUCCAAUCAAAGGUUGGUAAGUUAGUUGAUCCGAGGUUGCUAGCUUUGGUAGAGUUCUUCAGGGAGCUCUACUUCCGAAGACUCGAGCUGUUCAAGAAAAUAUUUCCGGGGCGUCCCGAUAAGUUUCUGGACGAGAUGGCAAAGAAAUUGAACUUGGUUUUAUCACAAGUGAAAUCGGCUCAGACGACCAGGGCUCGGACCAUGCAAAGGAGUCUGAGCAUUAGCUCGCCGCGUGAAUUCAAACGAGACGAGUCGGAAAUGAGGCUGGAGCGAUUCAAGGUCAGAACUAUUGAUGUGGAUGAUGGUGUUAAACUUGGUGGGCAGGAUGAUAAAACCAAGUCCGCUGGCUCAAAGUGA